AUGACGGCUGUCAACUCCACUGGCGACCUCCAUGCUCCGGGGCCACAGCUGAGCGUGACCGACAUCAUCGCCAUCACCGUGUAUUUUGCCCUCAACGUGGCCGUGGGCAUCUGGUCUUCUUGCCGGGCCAGCAGGAACACGGUGAGCGGCUACUUCCUGGCAGGCCGGGACAUGACCUGGUGGCCGAUCGGAGCCUCCCUCUUUGCCAGCAGCGAGGGCUCUGGCCUCUUCAUUGGACUGGCGGGCUCGGGUGCUGCUGGAGGCUUGGCUGUGGCCGGCUUCGAGUGGAAUGCCACGUACGUGCUGCUGGCUCUGGCCUGGGUGUUUGUGCCCAUCUACAUCUCCUCAGAGAUCGUCACCCUGCCCGAGUACAUCCAGAAGCGCUUCGGAGGCCAGCGAAUUCGCAUCUACCUGUCCGUCCUCUCCCUGCUGCUCUCUGUCUUCACCAAGAUCUCGUUGGACCUGUACGCAGGUGCUCUGUUUGUACACAUCUGCCUGGGCUGGAAUUUCUACCUGUCCACCAUCCUCACGCUCACCGUCGCCGCCCUGUACACCAUCACAGGGGGCCUCACCGCGGUGAUCUACACGGACGCCCUGCAGACGGUCAUCAUGGUGGUGGGGGCUGUGGUCCUGGCCGUCAAAGCUUUCAACCAGAUUGGCGGUUACGAGCAGCUGGAGGCAGCCUACGCCCAGGCCGUUCCCUCCAGGACGGUCCCCAACACCACCUGUCACCUGCCUCGCGCUGACGCCAUGCACAUGUUUCGGGACCCUCGCACGGGGGACCUGCCAUGGACUGGGAUGACCUUUGGCCUGACCAUCAUGGCCACCUGGUACUGGUGCACUGACCAGGUCAUUGUGCAGCGGUCCUUGUCUGCCCGGAACUUGAACCAUGCCAAGGCGGGCAGCAUCCUCGCCAGCUACCUCAAGAUGCUGCCCAUGGGCCUGAUGAUCAUGCCGGGCAUGAUCAGCCGGGUGCUCUUCCCAGAUGACGUGGGCUGUGUGGUACCCAGUGAGUGCCUGCGGGCCUGCGGAGCUGAGAUUGGCUGCUCCAACAUUGCCUACCCCAAGCUGGUGAUGGAGCUGAUGCCCGUAGGUCUGCGUGGGCUCAUGAUCGCCGUGAUGAUGGCUGCACUCAUGUCCUCCCUGACGUCCAUCUUCAACAGCAGCAGCACGCUGUUCACCAUGGACAUCUGGAGGCGGCUGCGGCCCCGUGCCAGUGAGCGCGAGCUGCUCCUGGUGGGACGGCUGGUCAUCGUGGCACUCAUUGGUCUGAGCGUGGCCUGGAUCCCCAUCCUGCAGGGCUCCAAUGGUGGGCAGCUCUUCAUCUACAUGCAGUCGGUCACCAGCUCCCUGGCACCCCCUGUGACCGCUGUCUUCCUUUUGGGCAUCUUCUGGCAGCGUGCCAAUGAGCAGGGGGCUUUCUGGGGCCUGCUCGUGGGGCUGGUGCUGGGCGCCACGAGGCUGACUCUGGAGUUCCUGCACCCAGCACCCCCCUGCGGGGAGGCAGACACACGGCCGGCUAUCCUGGGCAGCCUGCACUACCUGCACUUGGCUGUGGUCCUCUUCCUUGUCACCGGCGCCAUCACAGUGGUCGGGAGCUUGCUGACCCCUCCGCCUCGGCGCCACCAGAUUGAGAACCUCACAUGGUGGACCCUGACUCGGGACCUGUCCUUGGGGGUCAAAACAGGUGCCGGUCACACGCCACAGAGAUACGUUUUCUGGUCCCGCGUCUGCAGCUUCAAUGCCAUCCUUCUCCUGUGUGUCAACAUCUUCUUCUAUGCCUACUUUGCCUGAGGCCGUCGGCUGAAUCUUCAAGGAUCCCCUCCCCCCCCCCCCCCCCCCCCGCUUUUUUCCUUUUGUUGAAGACCCAACAG